AUGAGCGGCGAGCAGGUUUACGGCGUCACCCCGCCGAUUUCGGUGUCGCUGCCAACAGAGAAUGAGAAGCGGGUUAGCGAAUCGUUGAUCGAGGAACUUCGUCGUCAAAAAACGUUUGAGUCGCCUUCCGAUACGCAAAAGAGACAUACCGUUCUCGAGUCGAUCCAGAAAAUUACAGACGAAUUCGUCAAGAAAGUCGCCCGCGAAAAGGAACCAAAAAACGACAUUCUCAUCAAAAAUGCGCGAGGCAAGGUCUUUACCUACGGUAGUUUCCGCCUCGGCGUCUUCGGUCCUGGCUCCGAUAUUGAUACCCUGAUUGUUGCUCCGAAAUACGUCACGCGAGAAGAUUAUUUCAAAUAUUUUCCGGAUCUCCUGGCCGAGAUGGCGCCGAAAGACUCCAUUACCGAUCUCUCGGCCGUCACUGAUGCAUUCGUGCCCAUCAUCAAGUUUGAGUACUCUGGCAUCAGCAUUGAUUUGAUCUUUUCUCGCAUCAUUCAGAAGCAGCUUGCUCCCGAUUUCCAGGAUCUCAAAGACUCUGGCCUUUUGCGCGGUCUCGAUGAAGCGGAGCUUCGUUCUCUCAACGGCACCCGAGUUACGGACGAAAUUCUCUCUCUGGUUCCAGAGCAAAGCACAUUCAGGCUAGCCCUUAGAGCUGUCAAGCUUUGGGCACAGCGUCGAGCAGUAUACGGAAAUAUCAUGGGUUUCCCAGGUGGUGUUGCGUGGGCUAUGCUCGUUGCCAGAGUGUGUCAGCUUUACCCCAAGGCGGCCACGUCCGUCAUCGUCAACAAGUUUUUCUUGGUCAUGAGCCAGUGGCGAUGGCCCCAGCCAGUCCUACUCAAGCCCAUCGAGAAUGGCCCUCUUCCAGUCAGAGUAUGGAACCCCAAGGUAUACAAGGGUGAUUCCUUUCACUUGAUGCCCAUCAUCACCCCGGCUUACCCGUCCAUGUGCGCCACCUUCAACAUCACUCGAUCUUCGAUGACGAUUAUCAAGCGAGAGCUCCAGCGGGGACUCGAGAUCACAGAGCAGGUGAUGGUAGGAAAGCAACCUUGGAGCGACUUGUUCGUCAAACACACCUUCUUCACUACGGAUUACAAGUACUACAUCUCGGUAGUCUCGGCCAGCAAAGCAAAGGAGGCGCACAAAACCUGGUCAGGGUAUAUCGAGUCCAAGGUCCGCAUGCUCGUUCAGAAGCUUGAGCAGCAUCCACACAUUGCUCUUGCGCACCCUUUUGUCAAGGGUUACUCGAGGAGACACAUCUGCAAGGAUGAAAAGGAAAUCGGGCAAGUGCAAGAAGGCGCCCUCGAUUAUGUGGUCGCUGAUGACGUUAAGCUGGAUCCGAGGUCUAGCGAAAUCAAUGGCGAGUCAACUCAGCUUGCGGAGGGCGAAGCGGAGAAACAGAUGCCGUCCGAGGUCUACACCACGACUCAUUACAUUGGCCUUGAGCUAGAAGAAGGCGCCAAAGCUCUUGACCUGUCAUACCAAGUCGACGAAUUUAAGGUAUUAUGUACUACAUGGCAGAGGUACCAAGACGAACUGAAGCCGUUGGUGUCAAUUGGAGUCCAGCAUGUUCGCAACUUCAACCUUCCGAGCGAUGUCUUUGAGGCGGAUGAAAAGAAGCCCCAGAAGAAGUCCUCCAAGGGCGCAAACGGGAAGAAACGCGGCGCCGCCGAGGACAACCAACCACCUGCGAAGCGACAGCAGGCCUCCGUUGCGGCCGCUGGUUAA